CCCCAGCUUUCAGAAGCGUUAUUAUAUGCUGAGUUAUAGUUCAUCUUUGAAAUAUUGGCGUAGUUUCAACAUUUAUGUUUAGUUUACUGGAAACGCUGCAUCAGCAAUGUUCAAACGCACAAUACUAAUGAUUUUACUCGGUUUAUUUUUCGGGAAUUUCACAUGUGGAUGGUAUCAAAACAACGUGAAGAGCAAAAGCCAACAGCUCACGCAUGUUUACACAGAGACUUCAGACAGUCAGGACCAGAGCUGCUUAUGUCAUUUAACAGGUGUCUUGGACGACUGUUUCUGUGACAUCGAGAGCAUUGACGUCUUCAACAACUUCAAAAUGUAUCCUCGCAUUCGCAAGCUCAUAGAAAGAGACUUCUUUCGAUACUAUAAGACGAACCUGAAGCGACCGUGCCCAUUCUGGCCUGAUGAUGGCCAAUGCUCCAUCAAAGACUGUCACGUAGAGCCAUGUCCAGAGAGCAAAAUCCCUGUGGGAAUUAAAUUCGGCAACUACAACAAGUACUCUCAGACCGCCAACAACGUCGAUGAUGUCAGAGAGUGUGAACAGGCGCAUGAAUUGGGUGCCAUUAACAGCACGCUGAGUAAUCAGAGUAAAGAAGCGUUUGCAGACUGGGCUCACCAUGACGAUGCUCAGGAUCAUUUCUGCGCGUUAGACGAUGAGAUGUCUCCUGAAUCCGAGUAUGUGGAUCUGCUGUUGAAUCCAGAGAGAUACACGGGAUAUAAAGGACCAUCAGCCUGGAGAGUGUGGAACAGCAUUUAUGAAGAAAACUGCUUCAAGCCAAGAUCAGUGUAUCGUCCUCUCAAUCCUUUGGCUCCCAGUCGAGGUGACAAUGAUGGUGAAGGAUUCUACAAGUGGCUUGAAGGUCUGUGUCUGGAGAAGAGAGUUUUCUAUCGUCUGAUCUCCGGUCUGCACAGCAGCAUUAACAUCCACCUGUGUGCUGAAUACCUGCUGAACGAGGGUUGGGGGAAACCAGUUUGGGGUCCAAACAUCCAUGAGUUCCAUCAGCGGUUCGACCCGGCCGAGACGAAGGGCGAGGGCACUCGGCGACUGAAGAACCUGUACUUCCUGUACCUGAUCGAGCUGAGAGCACUGUCUAAAGUGACUCCGUACUUCGAGCGCUCCUUCAUCAAUCUGUACACAGGAAACACACAGGAGGACACAACGACCAAAGAUCUGCUGCUGGAGAUACUCAACGAGACCAAAGCGUUCCCAAUGCACUUUGACGAGAGCUCCAUGUUUGCUGGCCACAAAAUAGAGGCAAAAACUUUAAAGGAGGAGUUCAGGCUUCACUUUAAAAACAUCUCUCGUAUCAUGGACUGUGUCGGCUGCAGUAAAUGUAGACUCUGGGGAAAGUUACAGACUCAGGGUUUGGGUACGGCUCUCAGGAUUCUCUUCUCUGAGAAAGAAAUCAAGAAUCUUCCAGAAAACAGCCCAUCAAAGGGCUUCCAGCUCACACGACAGGAGAUUGUGGCUCUACUCAACGGAUUCUCUAGACUUUCCACCAGUAUAAAAGAGUUGCACAACUUCCGGACUCUUCUGAAGGAUCAUAGGUAACACACAUCCAGGUGGCACCAGCCCAGUGGACUCUGCAAUAGUCUUAUCUGCCCCAGAAUAAGACCUCUCUCAGGGACUGCGGGACAGAAGUCUGCUGGACCCUUUUACUCUAGAUCACAUCUAAAACACUUCUGCUCAGCUUUCAUGCUUCAAGAGACUCAAAAUCACUCAAAACGGCGUGCAAGAUCUGAAAACUUCUCACGUUGACUUCAGACAUGCAGGCUGUUAAUGCAUCUCUGUGUGUGCAAACAGAUUUCAGACUUCUCGUUUUUCUCGAUCAUCUCUGACAAACUGGACCGUUCUCUUCUACGGUUCACAAAUUGGUGGUGUUUUUCCUUCGUUCGCUUGUGUUGGUAUAUAUUUUUUUUUUUUUGGCCGGUCUUUGCGUCCAGGUUGGUUUCUGCCAAGUACAACUGUAAUUUAAUAAUUUUUUUUCUUUCAAAACGGUUAGUGAAUGCAUUUUUUGUGUGUCCCUCAAAUCAUUUAUGAUAGAUUUUAGAUGCAGGAGCCGCAUGCGUGUCUGAUGUUAUCCAUAAUGACAUUUUUGCUGUUUACAGGACCAUAGAACUUAUUUAAAGCGUUAGCUCACACAAAAAUGAAAAUUCUGUCAUCAUUUACUCACCCUCAUGUUGACUUUUACAAUUUUCUGGAGAAAAUUGGCAGAAUAUUAUAGACAAAAAAAGCACCCUAAAUGUAUCAUUUAAGAAGUCCAUACGACUCGUGCGCUGAAUUCCAAGCCUUCUAAAGUCAUACGAUGGUGAACUGACCAAAAUGUUUUUAUUUAAAUGAGUUAUUAUUCACAAAUCUCACUCCUGUUCUUGCGUUUAACGUGACUGAUCACAAUGUGGCAAGUUUGAAUCAGCAGAAGUGUGAAUGAGAUUUGAGAGCUUUGGCGGAGGGGACGAUUAUCAGUUAAUAACAACUUAAAUUUGUGUCUGUUUUCAUUCUUUUUAAACAUAAAAAUCAUUUUGCAUUUCACCAAAGAACGUCAUACAGGUUUGGAACGAUAUCUGGAUGAGUAAAAGAUGAAUUUUCAUAUUGGAGUGAACUAUCCCUUUAUUUGUAUAAACUUGAGAGAAGAAAAUUUUGCUUUUGAUUGUUACAAGUUUAAGCAUCACUUUACAAGCAAUAAUAUUCCUCCAUUUAGUCCAGAAUCAUUAAACGUGGCUUAAGAGAGAAAUCCAUAAGCAAAACCAAUAGAAACAGAAUUGCAAAAGUCUUUAAAGUUCUUGACUAUUAUAUUUAUAGCACAGCUUCUUUAAGAAUUCUUAAAAUAUCACUUGAAAGGCGUCACAUCUUAAAAAGGCAGCUCGCUUUUUCCAGUUUUGUAAGUUCUGACAUUUGCAAAUGUUCCUUCAAGACAUUUCUAUUAAUAACUUAAAACGACGCAUGUUCUUAAUCACCUGAAGACGCCAUGUGCACGUGUGUGCUGUCUAAUCAGAGUUAUAUAAAGUUGCGAGGGUUCGAGAUCGCUGUGCUCUUCACAAACACACUGUCGAAACAAACGCCUGUUUGAUUAAAUACUGAAGUGUGAAGUGAUUUGAACCAAAGCCGCUUUGUUCUGCUCGAUUGUCCUGACGUCUCCUGGAAUUUUCAUUUUUACUUCUGUAAAGAGUGAGUUUUGCUGUUCUUUUCUUUAAUUUUAGGUCUACCUUUGUAGGCGAAUAAUUCCGGAGGAGUAAUUACAUUUAGCGAUAAUCGCAUAAUGUCAGGCUGAAGUUAAGAUGAAGAGCAGCUGUGUGAGUGUGUGUGUGUGUGUGUGUGUGUGUGUGUGUGUGUGUGUGUGUGUGUGUGUUGGACUAAGCAGUGCAUGCUUUCGACAACACCAUAACAUUCUUGUCUGCCUUUAAUAUUUUCAAAAAUACUGUAAAUAUUGCUCAUGUGUGCCUCCCUUGAUUAUGAUUGUAAGAUUUCUGUCUCCUUUAACAGUUUCUGGCCUAAUUUCUUGCAUUUAGUUCAUUCAAAACUGUUCAAAAAGUUACAAAUGAAGAAAGUGUCAGCCUAUGAUUGGAUCAGAUAUUUGAUAUUAUCGCAUCGUUGGGAGAAUAAGCAGGCCUGGUGGAAUCUGUGAACUUCUCACAUUUUCUCUGCUGGUUUUCUGCGUAAUUUGGUGAAAUGGAUUAAACAGGUUAAAAUACUUUAUACACCGCUGAGAGUACUUCACUCUUAUUAGUAGCUGAACACAAAUCAAAUUAGCUCAAAAGUUGUAUUAAACGAAUAUAAAUGUGUGAAAUGACGGGCGUUCCGAUUCUGCGGGCACUGAUUCCGUGUCGGUCUGCUGAUAAUUGUAAAUUUUUUUUUUUUUAUAAAUCUUCCCUUCACAUUCAAGAUUCUCUGCCUUUAUAAUGGUCAGAACAUUUCAAACAAGAUAAAGAAAGAUAAAGAUGCUUCUGUAUUGUGUGUUUGUCAAGAUUAUUUAUUUAACAGAAAUAAAUAAAUUUAUCUGGUUGUCA